CAUGGAAACUCUGUCUCCAGGGCCUGUAAAGGUGGCCAUUGAAUCUCUGGGCUGAUUGGCACUCGCCCAAGGCCAUAAAGCUGCCAUGGAUACGGCAUACAAUGGCAGCACUGAAUGGCCGCCCCCUCGACUCGGCCUCAAUGGCCCAAUGGUGGCCGCCAACAGCUCCAACCAGACGGAGCCCUACUACGACCUGACCAGCAACGCUGUCCUCACCUUCAUCUACUUCGUGGUCUGCAUCGUUGGGCUGUGUGGGAACACACUCGUCAUCUAUGUCAUUCUCCGCUACGCCAAGAUGAAGACCAUCACCAACAUUUACAUCCUCAACCUGGCCAUCGCCGAUGAGCUCUUCAUGCUGGGCCUACCCUUCCUGGCCAUGCAGGUGGCGCUGGUCCACUGGCCCUUCGGCAAGGCCAUCUGCCGGGUGGUCAUGACCGUGGACGGCAUCAACCAGUUCACCAGCAUUUUCUGCUUGACGGUCAUGAGCAUUGACCGUUACCUGGCUGUGGUCCACCCCAUCAAGUCGGCCAAGUGGAGGAGACCCCGGACCGCCAAGAUGAUCAACGUGGCUGUGUGGGGUGUCUCUCUGCUGGUCAUCUUGCCCAUCAUGAUCUACGCCGGGCUCCGGAGCAACCAGUGGGGGAGAAGCAGCUGCACCAUCAACUGGCCUGGGGAAUCAGGGGCAUGGUAUACAGGCUUCAUCAUCUAUGCCUUCAUCUUGGGCUUCCUGGUGCCCCUGACCAUCAUUUGUCUCUGCUACCUGUUCAUUAUAAUCAAGGUCAAGUCCUCCGGGAUCAGGGUGGGUUCUUCCAAGAGGAAAAAGUCAGAGAAGAAGGUGACCCGCAUGGUGUCCAUCGUGGUGGCCGUCUUCAUCUUCUGCUGGCUUCCCUUCUACAUCUUCAAUGUGUCGUCCGUCUCGGUGGCCAUCGACCCCACCCCGGCUCUCAAAGGCAUGUUCGACUUCGUGGUUGUCCUCACCUACGCCAACAGCUGUGCCAACCCCAUCCUCUACGCCUUCUUGUCUGACAACUUCAAGAAGAGCUUCCAGAAUGUCCUCUGCCUGGUCAAGGUCGGUGGCACGGAUGACGGAGAGCGGAGUGACAGCAAGCAGGACAAAUCCCGGCUGAACGAGACCACCGAGACCCAGAGGACCCUCCUCAAUGGAGACCUCCAGACUGGGAUCUGA